GUAAGGAAAAAGUUCAAAACUAUUCAUUAUUACAUGAGACGUAUUCAGAAAAACUAAAAAUUCUUUUAAAAAUCAAGCGAUUUUAAUGACCUUUCUUUUAAAGACGAAAAGGCGACAAAACUGUUUCCCAAUGAUUCAGAAAUUUUAUCACUGUCAAAUAGCUCGAUGAGCUCGAUUUUAUCUGGAGAUGCCAUUUCCAUGUCUGCAAAUUCGCAAAAUAAGUGCCGCGCUACAUGCGAUUUAACAUUUGCAGGCCGAUUCAAGACAGUGAAACAGGAUGUUACUUUAAAUCACGACAAUGACAAUGGCCCAAAAACUAAUUGUCAAAUUAAUGAAGUGGAGCAACCUAUUUUAAAGACAAUAUAUGAAGAGUAUAUAAAUAAUGACUCGAGCACUUCGUGUAGUCGGCUGUCAUCAUUUGAAGAACGGAGCCAACAGAUUCACUUAAAAUCAUUUGUUGAACCAAACAAACCACAGCAAUUGCUGUCACACGAUAGUCAUAAGGCGGAUUUGCGCAAUGAAAAUCUUCCGACUGAAGUUCCAAAAAGGCGUGGACGAAAGAAAGGUUCAAAAGGCGUUGAUUCACUGAUUGCCAAAGAAUCUAGUCUGUCUCAACAAAUUUUUCUUGGAAGUGGUGUCAAGAAAGUGAAGACUACAAAAGAGCUUUUUAAUGAAAUACAGAGCCGUAAGCUAAGUAUUUCUUAUAAUCGAAAUGUGGUAUAUUCGCCAGUAACUGCUAACAAAAUUUCAAAUGAUCCUAUCCAACGAAAUCGAGAGUCCUCCCGAUCUUUAAUACCUAGACCAACAUCAUCUUGUUCAGAAACAUCAAUGCAUUCACCUCAUAUAUUGGAAACUAAUUCAGCAAAUGUUUCUUUAAGUGGCAUCGAAUCUAAAUUUUCAAAUGUUAUUGAAGAUGUUGGAAACACAGAUAGUGAUACUAUAACAUCGGACCCAUCACACGAUAGCAUCAAGUCUGUCGAAAUUAAGAGAAGCACUUCGCUGGAAAGUAUCAGUAGCUUUAUUCAAGCUCCAUCAUCAUUUAAUAAAACAAUAGUAACCGGCAAAAUCAAUCAUACAAAUGACGUCGCAAUUGAAUUAAUGCAGUUGGUUAACGGAUUAAGCACGCCACAAAGUGUUGACGAUACUGAAAAAUUAUACCAGGCUCAAAUAGUUCCUUGCACAUGUGUAAUUCACGAAGAAACAAAGUUUGUGAACGAAAGUCAGUCAAUAAGUCAGUUAAAUUCUGAAGAAGAAAAGCUCGAAGCUAUUGAUGAUCAUUUCAAAACAUGUCCAAAAAAUGCUUUUGAUAGUCUAACGGUUAAACCCAAUGACAGAAUCGAAGAAGCUCCAAACUUGAUACCGCCGAAACCCAUCAAAUCAAUAUUUGAUUUAGAUUUCGACGAGGAGUACGAUCCUUUACACUCAAUGAUGAAAAACGUCUUAAAAGUCGAACCGACCAAAAACGUACAACGACAAAGUGAUACGGCCUAUAAUGAUAGUAAUAACGUUCAACAUGUUAGAUUACUAUGCGCAACUAGUCUCGCACAAAAUGCUGGUAAUAAUUUUGAUAAUGAUCACGAUAAUAAUAAAAAUGGUGAAAAGGUCGUAGAAACACUUUCGAUCUUCACUGUUAUUGAGAACCCAAACUGUGUUGCAAAACAGCGGUUCAUGAUACAAACAAACCAAGUUACGAACUUCCACAUUAACGCUUUACACAAUUUUUACGUUCCAAAUAUUAAUGGUAAUUGGAAUAUUAUUGAGAAUAACUUGUCGUCGUCAAUCUUAAGGUCGAAUGUAUCAGAAGUGUUUCAACAACAAUGCAACUCGUAUUCAGUAAAAGACGGUACAGAUGUUGUUCCCAAGUAUGGAUCAUUAACAUAUGAUGAGCGCAUCCCAAAAGAAUUAAGUUCUUUGCAAUUCAAUAAGAAUUUUACAAGAAAAUUUCGAAAUUUUCGCAUAAUACCACCAUUUUGGGUAUUGCAAAGUGCUUACCAUCUUGUCGACUGGCCGCAAAACGGGCAAAGCAUGGUGCAAUUAAAUCAUCGUUAACCCUAAGCAUGGAAAAUUUGGAGAUGAUUAAAGAUAGUUCUAUUCCCUUGAAAGUAGAUAUUGAUG